AUGAGUGGAGCACGAGAAGAAGGGGAGAAACUAGUUGCUCAAGGAGGGCACGCUGCGCAAUAUAGCGUCGUGCAAGGACGUGAGAUUCGUCCACGUGGCGGAACGAGAGGAGCCUGGUAUGGUUUGAGGGAAGUUGAUGGUCACAUCAAACAAGUUCAAGUAUUAAAAGAAGGCGUAAGGAAGAUGCUUGUUUCUCCUAUUGAUAACAAUUUCUCUUCGAAAUUGAACUUCAUUGACACAGUUCAACGCUUGGGUGUUUCCUACCAUUUUGAACAAGAAAUUGAGGAAGCAUUGCUCCAGAUUUACAACGUUUCAACAAAAAACAAUGAUAUCAUAACCUGCGAUGAUGAUCUUCAUCAGGUGGCUUUACUCUUUCGAUUGCUUAGACAAAACGGGUACCGUGUUUCAUCAAGUGUAUUUUACAAAUUCAAAGACCAAAGUGAAAAGUUCAAUGAAAGGGUAGCUACUGAUAUACAAGGAAUGUUGAGCUUGUAUGAGGCAGCUGAACUAAGAUUUCAUGGAGAACAGAUACUUGAAGAAGCACACAAUUUUACUUCUAUUCAGUUAAAUAAGUUUGUAAUUUCCCAAUUUAAUCCUUCUUUUGCUGCAAAAGUGAAGCAUAGCUUAUUCCGAUCACUUCGCAAGAGAUUGCCUAGGCUGGAUGCAGUAAAUUAUAUGGCUUUCUACCAAGAAGAUCUUAUACACGAUGAAAAUUUGCUUACAUUUGCAAAAUUAGAUUUUAACAUGUUGCAGGAGAUACAUAAAAAAGAAGUUCAUGAUCUCAGCAGGUGGUGGACACAGGAAUUAAAUGUCUCAACAAAGUUGCCAUUUACACGAGAUAGGAUUGUAGAAUGUUACUUUUGGAUUCUAGGAGUGUACUUUGAGCCUCGAUAUUAUACGGCUAGAAGGUUGACAGCCAAAACAAUCGCAAUAUGUUCCAUCAUCGACGACAUGUAUGAUGCCUAUGGAACCAUUGACGAGCUUGAACUUUUUACAAAUGCAAUUCAGAGGUGGGAUAUUUGCUGUUUGGUUGAUCUCCCAGAAUACAUGAAAUUAUGUUACAGGGCGAUUAUGAAUGUUCUUGAAGAAAUAGAGAACGAGACCACCAAACAAGGAAAACCAUACUGCAUCAAGUAUGCUAAGAAAGAAAUGGAAAGACUAGUGAAGGCUCAGUUGGCUGAAGCAAGAUGGUGUCAUUGCAACCACAUUCCAACAACGGAGGAGUACAUGCAAGUAAGAAAAAUAUCUAGUGCUUACUCUUUGCUGAUUACCACAUCUUUCUUUGGCAUGGAAGAUACAACAGAGGAGGUACUUAUGUGGGCAACAAGUGACCCAAUAAUUGUUACAGCUUCUACAGUUAUAUGUAGACUCUUGGAUGACAUUGUUGGAGAUGAGUUUGAGCAACAGAGAAAACACGUUGCUUCAAGCAUCCAAUGUUAUAUGAAGCAACAUAAAACCUCAAGGGAAUGUGCUGUUGAAGAACUACACAAGAUGGUUGAGAAUGCUUGGAAGGACAUAAAUGAUGCAUGUCUGGCUCCUACUCAACGUAUUGUCAACUAUGCACGAGUGAUCGAUGAGCUUUACAAAGAUGAAGAUAACUAUACAGAUGCAGGAGGGAUAUUGAAGGAUCAUAUUGAAGCUUUACUAGUUAAUAAAAUGAUAUCUAAGCUAAAAGCUUAG